AAUCACGCAUGCGUAGAUAGCCCGGCAAGUUUGUGAACACGAAUUCCAUACUUCCAUGCGUGUCGCUUAACCUUUAUGGUCGGACGUGCUCCGUUAUCGACAAUUGUUGAAAACAAUUUUUUAUAAUGGGUAAACAGAAACGAUCACGACAAAAGCCUCACAAGACAAAUCCCACUGGACUGCCGUCCGUUAAGGAUUUCGAGGAAGCUGAGGAACUCGUGGAGAGUGAGAAGGACAAGACUCUGCAAAAUAUGUUCGAUGAUGUACAAUCGUUGAAUCUCGAGGAGAAGUUGUCUGCGUUGCAAACAUUAGGAUCAAUGUCUUAUGACUCUUCUAUGGCCCAACAGAUUGCUAAGGAUGGAGUAGCAAGAAUAAUUGGACCGCUGUUAGUGGAUUGUAACGCUGCCAUAAGGGCCAAUACUGCAAGUGCGCUGAAGGAUAUUGCUAAAAAUGGUGGAGAAAGUGCUUAUACUGAUCUGCUUAAAGAUGACAUUAUGACUCCGUUAACUGCAUUAAUGAAACAGUACUAUUCAGAUUGGCAACCAAAAGGGUGUAAAAACAAAGACAUAAGGGAUGAGAAGGAAGCUUUCAUUCAAGCAGUUGGCUUGUUGUGGACGUUAUGUGCGAACAAUGAGAGUGCAGUCAAAUGUGCUAACCAGGAGGAUUUGGCAUCAUUCUUGACAAAGUUUUUGGAUAUUGAUACAUAUGGAAUACAGAUCACUUCAAUCAGUGUACAGUGCCUGGUAUGCCUAUCGGACGAAAACAUAACUGCCAUUACGGAAAUUAAAAGGAACGAGUCGGUUCUACUUGGCCUCCUGGAUCUGAAAGCGAACGAUAAAAAUACUACCAAGGUGCUGUCCCUAAAAACGUCCGUAGCCGAGCUAUUGAUCAAUAUAAGCAGUCCCACGGACAGCAAUUGGACGCAUGUACUUUCCAAAGUGUUAACGGUGCUCUCCGCAGUACUUGUUAUUGACCAUGAGCAGAUACUGUCUAGCUUGACAUCCGUUUUACCUCACGAGAAUAACGCUGCCACAAGCGAGAAGAAGAAGAAGGUGCAAGAGAACAGGACGAUACUUGAGGCGCAAGAACAAGCCUUACAAAUUUUGGCAAACUUGUGUUUCGAGGACGAGGACGCGAUCGACUCUGAUUCCGAGACUAUGGAAAUGGAACCUGACUGUCUGGAUGACGAUUCCAUGGAUGACAAUUUGAAGAUAACGUCGACAUUACCAGUUGAAUUGGUCGAAGUUAUAAACAGUUGUAAUAUAAUCGAUAUCAUUUGGAAAAAGAGUGGUUCCGUCGUGGAUAAAGACAGCCGGGAAAUAUUGGAACAAAACACGGAGGGAAGAGCUGUGUUAAAGCAGUUUUACGACAUACGAUGCGCGGCAUAUUUAUGUUUAAAUAAUCUCUUGCCUAGCUUGGAUAUCGAUGCUUUUGGCGGUAUCGAUAAUUUAUACAGGAAGUGGCUGGAUAUCGGAACUAUCGUGUUUAAAGAGCGAGACAAAAAUCCAGAUAACAUACAGCUGUUGGAAGCAGCUAGUGCCGCUAUGAGAGCCAUCCUUGAACAACUGGCGACGGUACGGGCCAACAUUUUUAAAGUGUUAACCGUAUCCGACAUCCAGCCGAUGUUAUACGCUGAACCUCAAUGCUCGAAUGCGAGUAUCCGCGUCAAUAUAAUAAGGAUGUUCUGUAAUCUGGUGCAGAUCCUACUGAACCACGAAAUUGCGGAGAAUUAUGAAAUUAUAAAGUACGUUUCUACAGUUUUAUUAGACAUUUCUACGACGGAAACGCAAGCGUGGGUCAUGGCGGAAUCCAUUGACGCGUUGAUAGAUAUAUUCGCGGAAGACGCAACUGAUCAAUUAGCAGUAGAUAUCAAAUUAAUACCGAGGUUACAAUCAUUAAUACCGCAGUUCAAGAGCAAGGUACGACAGCAAAAGAAAAGUUCAGGCGAUGGCAAAUCGGUAAUAUCGACUGUAAAUACAAAUCUGACGAGAUUUAUCAAAUAUAAAGAAAAGCGUAUAAGGAAUCUUGUAUAAAGAAAUAAACGUGUUAUUAAAGUUGGAUCAUGAUUGUUAGUCCCACAACUUUGUAGAGAUCGUGUAAGUGGUAUUUUUAUAUAAAUUAUUAUAUAAAAAAAAAUGGUUUUAA